UGAAAGUACGAGCUCGAGCUCGGGUAGGGAUCGGAAAGGGAGGCUAUUAUCAUGACUACAGACAGCACUGAUACUCCUGUUCCAUUUGCCUUGACGGCUCUUGAUAGAGAGAUCCUGUCUAUGAGCAACGAUGAAUUCUCUCCCCACACAUGGGAGGAAAUCAAACAGAUUAUUGCUGAGAACAAUCUUCAUCUAUUCAAAAGAUGGCCUUCCGAUCUGAGGCGAUACAUCAAAUGGUCGGCUGAGACCAAGGCCGCAUAUGGGAGUAUCCCAAUUUUCGUCAUGAGAGAGAGACUCAGAUGGACACCGUUGGCUUCGUCGACUGCUAAAACUGGACCCGAGUUUGCGGUGGAAGAUCCGACCCCCUUCGCUCACGAAGACGACUACAAAAUCCUGAUCAACGAUUGGCCUUACGGACUUGAUGAAGGCAUUCGGCACAUCAUAGUCUGGCUGAAGACCAGAUUGGAGUCGGAGCCCACCAAAGGCGAUAUGACUCCAAAGUCACGGCAGCAAGUUGAAGAAUUCAUACAAACCAAAUUCGUGAACCGAGUCAAGGAUUUGCCUGGCGAGGAGGAGAAAGUCGUGUGGUUCAAGAAUUGGACGGCCUUGCAAUCUGUCCCGGGUAUGGAGCAUGUUCAUGUCCUUGUAAGAGGAGUACCAGAUCUUGUCGUUGCAGAAUGGACUGGUGGUGUACAGCCGUUAAAUGUCGAGACCUAAACAUUACUCUUCUGAUCAAAACACAGUAACCUAGACGGUGAGGCAAUCGCAACGAAGAUUUCGUCAGCGCAAUGACAUUUUGAUAGCUG